AUGAUCACCACGAAGGAGGUGAGGGAGCUCAAUAUGUUGGCGGAUCGGGCCUGCACGGCCCAGCUGGCUGCAUUGAGACCUUCAUGGGAGAACGCAUGCCGCGUUGUUGAGGGCGCGAUUUCCUGGUCCAGAGCGGCUGCGCAGCUGCAGAUGGAGCGGACUGCAUCCAAACAGGUGGAGGAACUAAAGCACGCCUUCACGUCCUGUCACAGUGCUUCCUGUUCUUCCCCCACCGAUGCGGAAGCCAUUUGGGGUCAGAUCCGUGGAAGCAAUCGCGAGGCCGAGGUGGAGGACGCAGUGUUCGUCUUGCGUUCGAUGAACGUCUUCAGCCGUGAGCUGCGCGCAACCGUGGAGCGCACGGGCCCCUUGGGCGAUGCUUCCCACUGGAACCGAAACAUCGUACUCGUGAGCUUCAUUGCUUUCUGGGGGUUUGCGCCAAUUAAGCUCCUCGCCCAUGGCCGGGAACUACCAGAGCUGGAUGACUCCAACCACUGGCUGCUGGUGCUGAUGAUUGUGCUGUCAGCUUUGGAAGCCCUAGCAGGCCUGGGCUUGUUUGCUGCGUUCCCCUUGGAUAGGAGAGCUUUUGCAGCUCGGAUCCAAGUUCUCUGGAUCGUUCUUCUCCCUGUCUACAUGGCCGGAUUCACAUACAACCUCACUUUCUAUCUCCUGCAGAUCUUCGUGCUCAGCCCUUUGACUCUUGCGAUAUCGGCUUUGGGGCCAAGAAGGACAGCCCGGGUUCCUGUCCUUGGCCCAUGCUUCGUGCGCCUGAUCUUCUUUGCGGGUGUUGCAAAGUGCCUGCGGAAGCUCGACCGGAAGCAGAGAGCGAGUUCUGGCCCUGAGCCGCCUAGGCCGCCGGUGCCGACGGAGGAGUCAGUUCCCGGAGUUCCCGUUGAGGUCUCAGACUUUCAAGAGGCCCAGGAAGUUUCCGAGACCGCCCCGGAGGCCGCCCCGGAGGCUCAUGGAGCUUCAAUGAGCAUUUGA